AGUAAAGGGGCCUGCGGCAGCUAACAGGUCAUAAAGCAGACUGACCCCUCGGCGCAGGACUUGCAGACUCAGCUCCCACAUCAGCAGUCACGAUGAGCAGAGGUGACAAUUGCACUUCGAAACAGCUAGCGCCUGGAAUCCCCUCCAUUGCCCACGCCUGGGGACUGUGGGCCCUCUUAGGGGCUGCGAUGCUGCUGCUGCUGAUCUCACUGGCUGCACACUUGUUCCGAUGGACUAGUGGCCGAAGCAGGAGCCAUCCAGGACAGGGACGCUCUGGAGGGUCUGUGGAAGAGGUCCCCCUAUAUGGGAACCUGCAUUAUCUUCAGACUGGUCGGCUGUCUCAGGAACCAGGGCCAGAUCAGCAGGAUCCAAAACCUAAAGGCCCCAGCACGGCUGCAGAGGAAGUGAUGUGCUAUACCAGCCUGCAGUUGCGGCCUUCUCAGGGCCGUAUCCCCAGCCCUGGAACCCCUAUCAAGUACUCAGAGGUGGUGCUGGAUUCAGAGCCAAAGCCCCAGCCCUCAGGCCCUGAGCCUGAGCUCUACGCCUCAGUGUGUGCCCAGACCCGCAGAGCGCGGGCUUCCUUCCCAGACCAGGCUUAUGCCAACAGCCAGCCUGCACCCAGCUGAGAUGGAGGGCCUGCCAGAGCGGGACAAGCAUCGCCCCAGCCUCCUCUAUUGCAGGGGCUACUGCUACCCUGUCCCUGGCAUGACUGUUUCCCAGCUGCCGCCGCCCCUCCCCCCCCAAGACAUGCAGCCAUUGCCCAGUCACAGGAGGUAAUGUUCCCCAAACUUCCUUCCGAGUUAUGAGGGAGGCAUCUCAGGGGAACAGUAAGCAGGUCCCCAGUUUCUUGGGGUUGGAGGAAACAAAGGUAGUGGGCCCCCUCCAUCCACCGCUCCCCAUCUAUUCCUUUAAUGCCCCAAGCUCCUAGGUUCUCACUUCCUCCUCCUUGUGGAUUUUAACCAGAUCCUCUCCACUCCUGCCCCCUUAAAGUCUACCCCCUAACACUUCAGUGUCCCCUCAGACACAGGAAGUGGGCAAUGGUGGAAGGGGAAACAGCCUGAGAGGACAAGGAUGGGUAUACUCCUCAGGAGCCCACAGUCUGGAGGGAUCCUGGAACCUAGUGACCUGAGGAACCCAAGCCUGGCUUCUUAUCUGAGAACACUGGCAGGAAAAUACCAGUCCACAUCCUGCUGCCUCUGUUGUGUCUCCAAGUUGUCAAAUAAAACUUCUCUGUCUCAGAAA